CCUUUCUCCUGGAGGAUCUGCAGUAUAAUGGAUCCACAUCCUGCAGCAGGUCUCUGCCUCUGCGCUUUCAGGGGAGCACAAAUCACACUGGAGCGCAUUUCAACCGGGGAUCUGUAAUUUACUGUAAAGUAGAUUUUUUUUUUUCUUGUUUCACAGCACAAGGACGUCUUUCAUACAUUUUCUGCGUCAUGUCUUUUUAUACUGGCUGACAUUUUCCGUGUUUUGAUGUUUAUAUGAGGGGGAUUAAAAGGCCCACCAUGGUUUUUCCAACAUAAAUCAACCGUUUUUCCAACGUUUUUGCGCAGACGGCUCUCUGUUUACCUAUACCAACUGGGGAUGGGAGGAUCUCGUAGGUUUUUAAAGCUUUAAGUAUAUUUUUUUGGAAGCAUGGGCCGUGUGUGUGCUUUUCACAUGGGUCUGUCGGGGGUGAAAUCACGGGAGCUUUGCUGCUUCAGAUGAACUGAGCAGCUCAGGUUUUUCUUCGGUGGAUCUGCGACAUGGGCUGAGCUCCCGCGACGACUGUUUUCUUCAAUAAGCUGUUUUUUUUUUUUUUCACACGAUCGAGGAUGGACAACAGGGAACGAAGACGGAUAAAAGUGUAACUUAACGGACAAAGUUUAUGAAACUUCAUAUUUUCACCCUCUCUGCUGAAAAAGUGCGCACACCGGCGCAGGAGCUGUUGCGCGUCAGGCAGAUUUCCAGCCACUAAAGUCCGGUUGUGGUUUGAUAUCUGGUGAGGUUUAAAAGCCUGGUGUUGAGUUUUUAUAAGACUUACAUAAAAAUAGUUUGUUUUAGAUGAAUUUCUAAAUAAGAUGAUGAAUAAAUGACGAUGCGUCCUCGUGCCCCCGCAGUUGGCACAUGUAUGAAAAAUGUUAUAAUUUUAUCAGCAGGAUAAGAGUCAAAGUCAGCAGCUGUGGUUUGUAUAGGCUAGUUUACCCAUAAGUGGUUUUGACCAGACAAGUCAGUUAGAACUGGAUGCUGAAUUUAUUUUUUUUAGUUUAUUUUUAGAAAGUGUUGGAGGAGGUUCAGCCCUCGCUUUUUAAUUUUUGGACCUGUUUCUUCAUGCUGGGCUCCUGUCCUCAGCCUCAGUGACCUUGUCCCAGCUGUGCUUCCUUCACGGCCCCUUUAGGCUUUCUCUCCGUCCCCCUCCCCGGACCAUGUGGCCCCCCCGUGUGGCCCUGCUGCUGCUGCUCCGGGUCUCCGGUUUGCUGGUGGAGGGGCUCAACACGUGCCAGUUCAUCAACCUGGACGUGCAGAAGUCCCGGCGCAUAGAGGCGGUGCGCGGACAGAUACUCAGCAAACUCCGCAUCCGCAGCCCCCCGGACGACGACGAGGCCUCUCCGCCGGGUUCCGGGUCCGUGCCCCCGGAGGUCAUGCUGCUCUACAACAGCACGAGGGAGCUGCUGAAGGAGCGCGCGCGUAUGGCCGAGUCCGCGUGCGAGCGCGAGAGCAGCGAGGAGGACUAUUACGCCAAAGAGGUGCAACGGAUCGACAUGUUGACCCCACGCACCGACACCAAUGCUGUUCAGCCUGCAGCCCCCAACCCACAUUACAGAGUCGUCCACUUUGAUGUGAGUAGCGUGGAUUUGACCAACAGCACGUUGGUUAAAGCCGAGUUCAGGAUCUUCAGAGCUCCAAACCCGCUGGCCCGGGCGGCAGAGCAGAGAGUGGAGAUCUACCAGUUACUGAGGCCAGACGAAGAGAGCACCUCCACUCAACGUUAUAUCGACUCCCGUACUGUUCAACCGAGAGCAAAGGGGGCCUGGAUCUCUGUUGAAGUCACAGAAACCAUUAAGGACUGGGUGUCAGACCCAGAGAAUAAUCUGGGCCUGAAGCUGGGUGUCCACUGCCCCUGCUGCACCUUCAUCCCAGCCACCAACAACAUUGUGCCCAAUAAGAGUGAAGAACUGGAGGCCCUCUUUGCAGGUGUGGACGAUGAGCAGCUUCGUCAGAUCAGAAAACCAGGUCAGGUUAAAGGUCAGGCAGAUUUCAGCACCAAAACACCGCACCUCAUCCUCACCCUGCUGCCCAGUGACAGGGUGGACAACCCGACCAAAAAGAACCGCAAGAAGAGAGCGGCGGCCACAGACACCACAACAUGCUCCCGCGGUUCAGAUCAGGGCUGCUGCCUUCGCUCACUCUACAUCGAUUUCCGACGGGACCUCAACUGGAAGUGGAUCCAUGAGCCCAAAGGCUACAAAGCCAACUUCUGUGCCGGCAGCUGUCCAUACCUCUGGAGUGCCAACAACCACUACAACAUGAUCCUGCCCCUGUACAACAAGUUGAACCCAGAGGCCUCUGCGACCCCCUGCUGCGUCCCUCAGGACCUGGAGCCCCUCACCAUCAUGUACUUCAUCGGUCGCACACCUCGUGUUGAGCAACUCUCCAAUAUGGUCGUCAAAUCCUGCAAAUGCCGCUGAAAGCAGAGAGUUCAGAGGAAGAGGUGAGGGAGGGAACGAGGAGGAGAGUGAUUUCAGGACUACGAAGCACUUCACUCAGGGGGAAAAUAAGACGAAGACAGACUUUUGAUCUUUUCCUUCUACGAUCUGGUUCUGAUAUCAGGUUUUGCUCCUGUUCUUUGCAGCCUUGAAAAUGACCAAAAAAUAUCUCACAUCACUUUUCCUGAACUUUCUGUUUGACAUAGGACACUGUAAACACAAUAUAGCUGUAUUCAACCUGUAUUUGGAUAUUAAAAGGGGUGAUGUGGACACAUUUGGUUUGCCUGCUGCAUAAAAAGGAUUCUUUUUUACCAUGAUUUUGAUUUCUCCUGCGGCUGCGGGCUGCUAGACGCGUGCUUGUUUGCUUUAGGUUGGAGGUGUUGAUAUGAAGGAGGCGGUGUGGAAAGGUCUGCAGACGGAGGACUGAGAUGUGGAGGCAGGGCACACACCGAAAGAAGGACAGACGGAGAGAGAGGAGCUGUGUCCAGGCAGGGGCCCUGCCAGCUCUCUGCGGUCCCGGGCUGAAAUUUGCCCGGCGUAAACAGGAUGUGAAAGAUUUCCAGACACCGACCCGACCACUCACGGAACGCUAGAUUUAAACGCUCCCCUCAUCUCCUCUCCGUCUCUCUCUCUCACUUGCUUGCUCGAGGUUCUGGGAUUUGUGGUGGGAGGAGAGAGGGAGAAAAGAGAGGCUUUGAAAAUGAGACGUGGGAUGGAUGAUAGGGCUGUAUUUGGAACGGCUACAAGUUUGGAAGGUGGUAUUUUGCAGCCUUUGCAAAUUUGUAACUAUUUGGGUCGGGCUCAAACAUUCAGUAAUCACACUCUCAUGCUCAUUUUCUGAAUGUGCAUUCAUUAUCUUAUUGUAAAAAGCUGUUGACUCAUUGCUAUUUGUAUGCUAUGAUUAUAUUUUGUCAUACCUAUGUUUACCAUCAAUGCCACUGAUUCAUUCACGCACACACACACACACACACACACACACACACACACACACACACACACACAGUCUCUCUCUACACACAAGUGUCCACAUUGACCACUUUUGAUAGAAUGUCUAAAAGCUGAAAAUAAAAAACAUCCCCAGGGCUCACUUUAAAUAUAGGCUCUCUGGUAUGCCAGUGGUUUGUGUGUGUUACAGAGACACACAGAGCAACUGGGUGUGUUGGGUGUGUGUGUGUGUGUGUGCGUGUGUGUGUGUGUGUGUGUGGCUGGUGAGGUCAUGCGUGAUAGCGCCGAAAUUAUUCCCUGGGUUUUAUUGUGAAUUUUAUUGUGAUUGUGCGUAUAUAAAACAUAAGACAGCCGAUGUUUUCUCUGUGACCCGGCUGGACGUGAGAUGUGGAUGCACGUAUGUGUUUUAUUUUCUGGUGUGUGUGUCUUGAAAAUAAAGUCAUAGCUGAAUAGGAAACAGGCCAGUGGGAGAUAUGCAGGUUUUCAGCGUUUUUGCUGGUUCUGGAUGUCUAUAAAAUUGUAUAACUGGACACUUAGGUUUAUUCUGGCAAAAUGUUUACUCAACCGCUGUUCCAAAUUAGACUUGAAGGUAUAUUAAAGAACUAUUUCACAGAAGCUGCAAAAAUAUCUACUGUUUAGUUCAUUGAUACAGUGGUUGAAAGUUCUUCUCAAUACAGACAGAUAGUCCACACUUUUUCUUGUUCUUAUUACAUCACAAAUUAUGA